CCUCCCUACCUCACACACCAAACUGAAGCAACUAAGAGUAGCAUUCCAAGAGUCUCUUAGUAGAGCUUCCAACAGCUUAAUUUCUCAAUGGCUUCCAAGGCUGCUAUUCUCCUCACUCUCAACAUUCUCUUCUUCACAGUUGUAAGCUCCACCUAUGUCCCAUGCCCUCCACCCCCCACCAAGGGUCACAAAACCCCACCCUCCCCAACAACACCCUCCAAAACACCACCCUCCCCAACACCACCCCCCACUGAGCAACCUAGUUGCCCUAGGGACACCCUCAAGUUUGGUGUGUGUGCUGACGUGUUGAGUUUGAUCAAUGUGCAGCUUGGAACGCCAUCAAAGACCCCAUGCUGCUCCCUCCUUAAGGGUCUAGCUGAUAUAGAUGCUGCUGUGUGCCUUUGCACUGCUCUUAGAGCUAAUGUCCUUGGCAUCAACCUCAACAUCCCCAUCGACUUGAGCUUGAUCCUCAACUACUGUGGAAAGGAUGUCCCUAAGGGGUUUGUGUGCUCACCACCCUCCCCAACACCACCAUCCCCAACACCACCCUCCAAAUCACCACCCUCCCCAACACCACCCUCUCCAACACCACCCUCCAAAUCACCACCCUCCCCAACUCCACCCUCCCCAACUCCACCAUCCAAAUCACCACCCUCCCCAACACCACCCUCUCCAACACCACCAUCCCUAACUCCACCCUCCCCAACACCACCCUCCAAAUCACCACCCUCCCCAACUCCACCCUCCAAAUCACCACCCUCUCCAUCACCACCCUCCCCAACACCACCCUGCCCACCACCAUCCCCAACUCCACCCUCUCAAACACCACCCUCCAAAUCACCACCCUCCCCAACACCACCCUCCCCAACACCACCCUCCAAAUCACCACCCUCCCCAACACCCCCCUCCCCAACACCACCCUCCCCAACACCACCCGCCAAAUCACCACCCUCCCCAACACCACCCUCCAAAUCACCACCCUCCCCAACACCACCCUCCAAAACACCACCCCCCACUGAGAUACCUAGUUGCCCUAGGGACACCCUCAAGUUGGGUGUGUGUGCUGACGUGUUGAGUUUGAUCAAUGUGCAGCUUGGAACGCCAUCAAAGACCCCAUGCUGCGCCCUCCUUGAGGGUCUUGCUGAUCUUGAUGCUGCUGUGUGCCUUUGCACUGCUCUUAGAGCUAAUGUCCUUGGCAUCAACCUCAACAUCCCCAUCGACUUGAGUUUGAUCCUCAACUACUGUGGAAAAGGUGUCCCUAAGGGGUUCGUGUGCUCUUAAUUAAACAAACCCGUCGUAGCUUUCAUCAUGGUGUCUGCUUUUUUAUUAAUACUUCGCUUUGAUAACAUUAUCCUCCCAGCCCACGUCUCAUAUAUACCUUGCCAGUGAAAUGAACAUGUUGUUCAUAUUUGAUUAUUGUCAUUAUUAUUAUAUUUGUAGUGAUGGUUUGAACUUGAAGGCUGCUUGUUUUCCUUCUCAGCCUCACUAGUGUUUUGUAUUCAAUAAAAGUUCUAUAAAUGAAAGUCUCUGCUUUCAUCUUAAUUAAACAAA